UUCCUUUAAAAUGCCCUCACCCCACCUUUCAAAAAUAUUAAUACCCACUUUCGACGGUUGUCAAAAUAUUUAUGAAUUGCUCAUUUAACGUGCUUAUUGAUGUGCCUCCUAAAUCCGAUUUCCUCUUUUUCCACGUCCUACGUCAAAGAAACGUUUUUGGAAUCCAAAAGUUCCUCAUCAAUAUUGUCUGCCAUCAAUGUUCUCGUAACAGCGCCACCACCAAACGGCUCUCCACCAGCAACCCCAAAAGUAAUUAUACUUUCGCCACCCUUCGUCGUUGCCUCCGGCGGAACAAGGGACUUAACACGUUGAACAGGCAAAGAGACACCCUUGUCGUAUUUCCUGAAUCUAGAGGUCUGGCAAAAAAAGUCGGUGCAUGUACCGAUGCAUCAUAACAAAAGUUUUGAGAUUUUUUCCUUCUCCACCCGCUCAGCCGAUAGGCCCGCAAUAGUAACAAAAUAAUGGUUAUACGGGGCGAUGCAAUUGCAGGAUAUCCAAGAGACGGCCAACUGAUUCAUGGUUGAAACGAAAUUACAUUUAGAUAGUAAUCUAUUAUUAAGCAAUUGACGGAGUGAGGUAGGUAAGUGUGAGAGGUGGUGGGAGAACGAGUAAAGGGAGAAGAGGGAUGACUGACGAGUGACGACGAGCUCGUGACUGAAAAAGUGAAGAUCAGAGAAAGAUUUGGGUCAUGGUUACUUAGCCGCAGCAUGACUCAUUCGACUGUUUCUAUUUACUAAUAAUCUAUUAAUCUGUGUUUUGUCUGUGGAGUGUAGACUGCAGAGGGAGAUGAAGAUGGAUUACCGUGUUCAUAGCGAGUUUAUUACAUACUCGUACAUGAUAAUGCAGCCUUGGCCCUUGGGUGUCCCUGUAUCAACGGUGGACGGCCAAAAUAAAUAAAAUUCCUUGACGGCACGAGCAUUUACGCGGUUUCGGGUAAGGUGAGACGAUGAGACUGAGAGAGGGUAAGCCACAGCUCACAGUGACAUCAGGAACAAACCAAAAGCAGGGUAAACUAAAGAAGGGAAAGAAGUUGUGGAGAAUGGGUUCUUCUACCAACAAUGAAGUGGCUUAUAAGGAGAUGAAGGGUAUGGAGAUUGACACAGGAAAGGAAAGGAAGGGAAAGCAAACCCAAGACGAGAAUUUGGAGAUCUCUGAGAAAGAGGGCACACCCUUGAAUCUGACUCUAAAAUCACCAACCAAUGGACACUUCAAUGAAGCUGUCCAAAUAAUAGAGAGGCAUCCUGCAGUAUGUCCAAAACAGAAGAGGAGAAAGAGGAUAGAAAAGAAUAAGUCUAGUGCACCAGAAGCCAAUAAUCCACUUCAAGAGAAUGGUGCUCUAUGCAGCAGGGAUCUAACUAAUACUAAGAAUCUUGAGAAAGAGCAGCGACUGCUUAUAAAAACUGAUCUACUAUCAGAGAAGCUUACCAUUUUUCCAGACACUGCUGAUACCAAUUCAGGGAAGAACAACAAGCCUGACGAGAGUCAGAACAGACUUAAAACCUACAAGUGGAGAAAAAAAAUUUCGAAGCUAUCAGAGAAAGAACAAAAUCCUGUUUGAUUCCUCACUCAGUAACAUGGAGCAAGCCAAGGAGAAGAGUCCGAACAGCACAAUACAUGGUAUACAAAACAGUUUGGUAGAACUCUCUUCCAAUGAACUAGACAAUGCAUGCAUGGCAGAGAAUGAAAAGGCUGUAAAUGAAUUGAAAAGGGCAAUGGAAACAUAUCACAUCUUCAAUGAGGAAAAUUUAGAGGCAUCAACAACUGAAUGCAAUAUGGAACAAAUAAUUCCUUCUUCAUCUAAUGUUGAUGUUGUAGAAUAUCUUGUUCGGGUUGAUGGUACCAACAGAGAAGAAAGUUCUAUGGAGAUAUUGCCUUCAAAAAGAGCACCAAUUAGUCAUUUUAAGAGAAAACUUCUUAUUCUUGAUCUAAAUGGAUUGCUUGCUGAUAUUGUUAAUUUUGUUCCAGAUGGAUAUAAACCAGACAAGAAAGUCUCUAGAAAAGCACAUAAGAAUUGAUUGGUAAUUGUUAGGAACUCUCCAGAGAGACCACCCAAGCCGGUGAUAGUAAACACCUAUUUCAGGAGAAGGAAAAGGAAGCCAUGUCAGCAACCACCAACUGAACCACCAACAGAACAAGAAGUGGGAAUGAAGCCAACUAACUAAAGAAACAAGAAAUAAGAAACAAGAUGCCAGCUGUACAAUCUGUUAAACCAACAGAAAUCUAUAAAAAGAGAUUGUAAGGAUUACCGGGGAUAAGAAGAAUUACCUCAGAACUCAGUUUUCUCUCUCUUUCUCUCUUUCUUUCCAUGGGAGGAACUCUCUCCCUUGAAGCAGAGAUUGUGUUGGGCAGAAACCCAACAAUUUGGUAUCAGAGCAGGCAUGCCAAGCACCCUUUUGGUGACAAUGGAGGAUAGGGUAGACUGAGUGGAAAUCCAACUGCACAAGGUGACGAGCGAUCUGCAAGACAUCAAACACCAUCUGGAAAGUGUCUUGCAGCAACUGGAAAGAGGGUCUUCCACGCAUGGCAGAGAAGAAGAACAAGAAGGCGGCAGCCAGGAACAAGAAACCUCAAGACGUAGUGGAUCAGCCGGGAACAGAGCAGUGACGAAAUUGGACUUUCUAAAGUAUGCAGGUGAUGAUCCCAUACCUUGGAUUUUUAAGGCUGAAUGAUAUUUCGAAUAUCAUGAGACUCCUAGCAACCAAUGAGUGAUAGUUGCCUCCUUCCACCUAGAAGGCAAGGCAAUCCUGUGGUUCCAAUGGUUGCAAUGCUCCCACCCCCAAAUCUCCUAGCUUGAUUUUACUGAAGCCCUCUGCGUAAGAUUCGGUCGUACUGGGUUUGAAAAUUAUGACGAGGCUCUCUCCAAGCUCAAACACACCGGGACGGUGAGGGAUUACUAAAUGGAAUUUGAAAGACUCGCCACAAGAGUUCAUGAGUGGCUAGAGAAUGCUCUCCUUGGUAGCUUCAUUGGUGGCCUUAAGGAAGAGAUUAAGAUAGAAGUUAAAGCCCUUCAACCAGCCACGAUGCUUGCUGCUGUGGGUCUCGCACGCCUACAAGAGGAACGACUCAGUCGUCUCCGACAAUUGCCCCGGCCUUAUACGGGUCUGAACCGCUCCAACCCUCCCAAACCACCAAUAUUAAAGGACCCACCUCGGGCGGAGAAUCCCGACCCAUGACCAUUGUUCCAGUAGCGGUACCCAUAAGAAGACUCUCAUGGGCCGAAAUGCAAGCUUGAAGAGAGCGGGGGCCUUUGCUACAACUGUGAGGAGAAAUUUGGCCCCGGUCAUCGGUGCAAGAAUUAACAGAUGUUUGCAGAUGGAGGGAAUGAAGAAGAAACACCUGAAUCUCUGCAGGAAAGCAUGGAAGAAAAUCUAGAAACACCUGAGAUUUCUUUCCAUGCAUUAACCGGCUUAAAUGGUGGAGUCUCGAUGCCCCAUACCAUGAGAGUGGUGGGAUCCCUAAUGGGCCAAUCCAUCUCUGUGCUGAUCGACAAUGGCAGUACACUCAAUUUCAUCACCUAGAUGCUGUCCAAAAGACUGGGCAUAACGAUCCAAAAGUUAGCAACCUUUGCAGUCCAUGUAACUAAUGGCAACCAGAUCCACUAUGAUGGUGCUUGCAAAGAUCUCCCACUAAUAAUCCAGAAUCACAGGUUUGCUAUUGAUUUGCAUCCCUUAGCUUUUAGUGGGGUUGAUGAUGUCCUAGGGGUACAAUGGCUCAAGCAAUUAGGACCUAUCGUUUGUGAUUGGUCCAAGAUGUCCAUGGAUUUCUUCAUCAGUGGGGUAUCUUGCCACUUAAAGGGAGCUUCUUUGGACUCCUAAUGCAAGAGCUGAAGAAUCAAAUAUGGAAUUUUCUUUUUUUUUGUAUAUUUGGACAGUAUGGGUAUUUUUGUCAUUUUGACCAGCCCAAUGUGGACUUGGGCUAUAGCAUCUUGUUCCUAUAGCUUAAUAGUGCUUGUCUUUCAAUUUUCAGUUUAUUUGCAUUAAUAGAUAGAAAGUUAUUGUGUUUCUUGAUGCACAAGACAAAGAGUGGCACUUUUUGUGAUUAUCGUGAACCGUGUUCCGGGCCACACAAGUCUCUCUAUAAUUAGAUGUAUUAUCUUCCUUUUGAAGCUAAUGAAUAAAUGAAGCUUAAGAGCUCUCUUGUUGUAUGGAGUGAUUCCUACAAACCCUAGAGUGAUUUUAGGACCCCUUGGAGUGAUUCCUUGGGAUUUCUCUCUCUUUCCUCUUUCUCUACCCUUUCUACUCUCUCUUCCUCUUUCUUUCUGUCUUGUGUUAGCUUGUUCCAGCCCUAUUGUAUCAGUUUUGGUAUCAGAUCUAGUGGUUAGUCACCAUGUUCUCACAAAGUGAUCGAUUCUAUGGGCCUAGGGUAUCAUUUAAACAAUUUCAUGGGCCUAGAAUAAAUGAUGAUAGGGUUUUGAACCAUAUGAAGGGUCUAUGGCUGAUUUACUUGAGAAAUUGGUGGAAGAAAGUAGAUCUAGUAAUGUUGGCUAUAGGAGUAAGGUUUUCAAGAAUGUUAGAAGAGAAAGGGAAGUGCCUAAUUUCAAAGGAGAUGAAGACAGACAAGCAUUCUUUAAUUGGAUUUCUAUAUUAGAAGAAUAUUUCGAUUGGCAUGAUAUGUUUGAAAAACAAAGAUUUAGAUUUGCAUGCAUGAAGCUCGCAGGUAUUGCUGAAGUAUGGUGGAAAACUCUUGAGCAACAACUAGAAAAUAGAGGUGAAUAUCCAAUUACCACAUGGGUAAAGAUGAAGAUGUAUUUGCAAAAAAAGUACAUUCCACAAUACUUCCAUGAUGAUCUAUAUGUGGAGUUGACUAAUCUCAAGCAAGGUAUGCUAUCUAUAGUUCAAUAUAUGCAUAAGUUUGAUGAAUUAUAUAUUAGAUGUGACAUUACAGAAAGUGAAAGGCACAAAUCAGUUCAUUUCAUGAAUGGACUAAGGGAUGAUAUCGAGAAUGAAUUGUCUACAAUUUAGAUUUAUGAUUUAGAUCAUGCCUUUGGAUUGACUCUUAAGAUAGAGAAGAAGUAGUUGAUUACAACAAAAAAUUUGAAGCCAAUGAGAAGAAAGUAGAA